GGAGCCUCGAGUCCGUAUUGCAGCUUUCGUUACUACAACCCUAUCCUACCUACUCGCCACAGCGCGUCCCUCCCCCCUUGACUACCUCACAUCGCGUCGCUGCACACGCCAAAGAUGCCGCCAAAGAAGAAUAACCAAAAGGCGGGAGGUGCCGGGUCCAAGGUAACGGUGGACAAGACGUUCGGCAUGAAGAACAAGGGAGGAGGAGCAGCUCAGCGCCAGGUCAAGCAGAUUCAGCAGCAGCAGGCUCAGCAGGGACUGAACAAGGAGGCAUUGGCAAAGCAGAAGAAGAAGGAGGACGAGAAGAGGAUGAAGGAGGAGGCAGACAGGAGAAGAAAGAUUGAGGGAGAGCUCUUUGCCGUCGUGCAGCCAAAGGUGCCCUUUGGGUCGGACCCCAAGAACUUCACUUGCGCCUACUGGAAGGCGGGCAAGUGUGAAAAGGGCUCCAAGUGCAAAUUUGCCCACUCCAACGACCCGGGUCGUAAGACGGAGAAGAAGGACCUCUACACAGAUAUGCGCGAUGGUCCAGCAGCGGCAGAGGAAGACAAGACAAAGGACACGAUGGACACAUGGGACCAGGCUAAGCUGGACAAGGUCAUCUUGUCGAAGCACGGCAACCCGAAGUCUACGACGGACAAGGUGUGCAAGUUCUUCCUCCAGGCUGUCGAGGAUGGCAAGUACGGGUGGUUCUGGGAAUGCCCCAAUGGAGGAGAGAAGUGCAUGUACAAACAUCGCUUGCCCCCUGGAUUCGUGCUCAAGAGCCAGAAGAAGGAGCUCGAUGAGCUGGCAAAGAAGACGGAGAUUUCCCUCGAGGAGUUCCUGGAGGCGGAGCGACACAAGUUGGGCACUCAAUUGACGCCUGUGACUGCCGAGUCGUUCGCCGUAUGGAAGAAGGAGCGCCAGGACAAGAAGGCGGCAGAGGAGGAGGUGGAGCGCAAGAAGAAGGAGGCGCAGGCUGCUGCGAACAAGGCCAAUGGCCUCAGUGGACGUGAGAUGUUCACCCUCGGAUCGCUGCAGCAGGAUGACGAGGAUGACGACGGUGACGACGACUUCGAUAUGAGCAAGUACAUGAAGGCUGGGUGGUCGCAAGAGAGGCAGGAAGAGGAGGAGCAGAAAGCACAGAGGGAGCAGUGGGGCGAUGACGACGAAGAUGACGCCGAGGAGAAUGGAGGCAAGUCGGCGGACGCAAGUCGACCUACGAGCGGGCAGGCAUCACCAAAUGGGGAAAGCAACGGCGAUGGCGGCGUGAGCGGGGCUGAAGCGGGAGUCAAGAAGUUGGCCGUCAAUGGUGACGGUGGAUCGACGACAUGAGUGGGUUCGACCUACGCUCCCGCCUUUCGUACUCUGUAGCCUCCUCAGCUUCUCCUUUUCCCCCUCUCGCUCUCACUCGCUCUCAGUUGUUGCAUCCUCCCAUCAUCAUUCCCUUGAGACGUGAGCAAC